AUGCCCUUGCUCUGCACCCGGAGAAACUUGCAUUGCCCCGCGGAGCAGCAGCACCCUCUGCACCGGGCCCUGCGGACCCCGCUUUCUCCCAAGGGAAAAAAAUCUCAGCGCUCCUAUGUGACGGGAACUCCGCGUCUACAGAGCAGCUUCCGGCCGGAAAGCCCAGGGCAGAGUCCAGGAAGGGCUACCGAGCCACGGAGCGCUGCCUCCUGCUCGGCGGGACUCAGAGGGGAGGCGGAGACCUCCUCGGGCACCAGCAAGUCCGCAGUGUCGGUAGCGGCGGCCGUUCUUAUCACCCGGAGGGAGCCGGGCCUGGCCCUGUGGGCAGUCAGGUCUGGAGUGGACCUACUUGGUGAGAAAAGGGAUCUCAACCAGCGUCCACCUCUGCCGUGGACACAGGCUCCGAGCAGCGGCUUGGAAUGCUCCGAGAGCUGGAAGGUGCAGCUGCGGAAGGUUUACUGGAAAACAAGCUAUCUUGCAACUUCUCAGGAUAAAGGAUUCCCCACAGCACUGCUGAACUUCCACAGGAACCAUGAAAGCCAGAUAAGCUGCAAGGCCACACGCAUCCUGCUAAGCAGCCGCACCCCGGGAAGCAGGGAUUCAGCUCUGACUCCUUACCAAGUUCUGAUGCAGACGGCUUCUCAGGCUGCAGGAGCCUCUGCGGACUCCGGCAGAGAUGCGACGCGCUCAGCCCGCGGCGGCUCGCAUCUCACCGAGCGCGCACGCGUGGCACACCAAGCCCCGUGGUCCACAGGCGCCCAGGGCCCUGCGGAAACGCGUGACGGGCACUCGCAGUGCACGCUCCGUGCUCCCUUCACUUACAAAGCAGACGUUCAAAGAAAAAAAUUAUUGGCGAUUUUGAGAACGGUGACGGCAGAGCGUUAA